UUACGCUCCAUACGAACCGGCCACGGUUGAUGUCCGCUCGCGGCCUCUCUCACUUUCGACGCACACACCGCGCUGCAGGGCGGAGCCUGCGUAUAUAAGCAAAAGCUGCACUUUGUGCCAACUUCUGAGCACUACAUACUCGCCUUGUGCUGACUCCCAAGCUCGUGCAAGUCCAACCCGAGCAAGCAAAAAUGCCUUCAGAACUGGAGACAGCUAUGGAGUCCCUCAUUGUGGUGUUCCACCGCUACGCCUCGCGGGACGGCAGGAACGGCACCCUCAGCCGACAAGAGCUCCGUUUGCUGAUGGAGAACGAGCUGUCCAACUUUUUAAGGUCCCAAAGGGACCCGGCUGCCGUGGACAAGAUCAUGAAGGACCUGGACACCAACGGAGACGGCCAGGUGGACUUUGAAGAAUUUGUGUCCCUGGUGGUGGGACUGUCCAUUGCAUGUGAGCGGUGCUAUCAGUUGCGCAUGAAAAAUGAGACCAAGAAGUGAAGGAAGAGAUACUGUCCAAAAAAAAAAAAGAACACCUUUCCGGAACACAUUUCAUUGUUGUAUGUCUCAUGUCUAUUAAAAUGUCACAGAUUUCAAACCCACCCCACACAUUUGUGAUGUUUUAUCAAAAGUGAUCAAUCUGGUGCCACAGCAGUCAAAGUACACAUGAGGAGUGGCUAUGUUGACAAUUCAUGAUAAACAUUCCACGGCGAGCACGCCCUACCAACUAAAGCACGCUUUAAGACUUGUAGAAGUUGUGAGGAAAGAAUGCUCCUCCGUGUUUUUCCACUCAAUACCUCUUUUUGUGCCUCAUGUCAGCAGAAUGUUGCGUAACACCACCGGAAAGCACGAGCCAACUUGACCAGUCAAAUGCAGGAUUGUUUUCAAAAUGUUCUUAUUAGAUGUUUAACUCAAUGAUUGGGACCGUAUGCUGCAAGAAUUUGCCACUUUAAGGGCCUGGAAGUCAUAAUUCGGGGCAAAGGUCACGUGUACAUAUCACGAGCUGCACACGCCCUUUUUCCAGUUGUUAUGGUUACAGUGCAAACACAAGCAGGUUGCUAGGUUACAAUCCAGCGUGAGUGUGAAUGGAUUGCAACAUUUUGGCCUUGAGUUGUAAUGUUCCAUUUCGAACACUAGAUGACAUUAAAUAUCACAACUGAUGUGUAGUUUU